GGGUGUGUGCAUAAGUGAAGCAGUGAGGGCAGAGGCUGAGGCAGAGUGAUGCUGCACCUGUUCAUGCUCACCUGAGGAAAAGAGAGAACUGCCUUACACCAGCAAAGAGCGUAAGAAAGGACUCCAGGCAUGGCAGGACAGUUGAUGUAAGAGGAUUUCUGUCAGGCACUUUGUUUUUACUAAGGUCAGCUCUCCAGUCUCUGCUGCUGUCAUGGCCGAAUCAAGCUGGUGGAAGUUGACCUUCUCGAGGAAGAAAAAGUCAGAAUCCAAGGUUCUGUACGAGAUUCCCGCCGAGUAUGGCAGCAAUAAUGGAAACAAGGAGCACCCGGGUGCUGCUCCCGACAGCAUGGACAGCCAGUUAAAUGCCCGGCUGGAGAAGAUCGUAGACAAAUCUGCCUCCAAGGGCCGCCACGUUAAGGUCUCACAUUCUGGUCGCUACAAGGAGAAGAAGAGGGUACGGGCCACGCUGGUGGAAAACCCAAAUCUGUUUCCAGAGAAGGACCCCGCGGAUGAGAAUCACAAAAAGAAGACGGACAAGUAGCUUGAUCAUGGAUGUGGAAUUGGGAGUCACUUCUGAGCGCUUUAACACACCCCAGUGUGUUACUGGGAAACCGCUGCACUCACACCUUAACAAACAAAUCUUAGACGUCCACACAUCAGAACUGGUACCAGUUCUGCUGAUUUUAAAAGUUUAUACAGUUUUCCUCUGCUUGUUCUGUAUUUUCACAAAUGAAUCCCAUCAUGAAGGAAAGGUCCAGGCUCAGCUUGUGAACCACAAAACUGUCAUUUAGUUUUUUUUAAAACUUUUAUUAUGAACUUUAUUCAAAGAAAACUUUGUUCUUUUGAUGUUUUGCAAAGAAAAAAUUAAGGUGCUCCUCCUUUUUUUAAAGGCAGUACUGUAAGUUUUAUUACAAAUUUAUGAUCUAAGCAAAUAAAGUCUUGAUUUUAAACCCUGA